CCGCCGAAUGAACGGCGCCAACAGCUGCUGCCGUCCCCACUCGUGCUGUGGCCGCCGCCGCCUUACCUCCUGCUGGGAGUAGAAGGGCAACGGCCGCGGUGGGGGUGGGGGUGGGAUGGCGGAGCCCGGCGGGACAUCCUCAGGCUCGGGCGGGGCUGGAGGGAAUUCCUCGGGGCCGGGCGGGACCGACCCGGCUUCGCUGCCCCCCGGCGACGCGCAGCUCAUCGCCCUCAUCGUGGGCCAACUCAAGAGCCGCGGCCUCUUCGACGCUUUUCGCCGGGACUGCCUGGCCGACGUCGACACUAAGCCAGCUUAUCAGAAUUUGAGACAGAAAGUGGACAACUUUGUAUCUACCCACCUGGAUAAGCAAGAAUGGAACCCAGCAAUGAACAAAAACCAACUGCGGAAUGGGCUCAGACAAAGUGUGAUUCAGUCAGGGAUGCUGGAAGCUGGAGUAGACAGAAUUAUUUCUCAGGUGGUGGAUCCAAAACUUAACCACAUCUUCAGGCCACAGAUAGAGAAGGCAAUUCAUGAUUUCCUGGCUGCACAGAAGAAAGAGGACUUGGUGCCAGCUCCUCCUCCUCCCCCAGAGCCUGAGAGUCAGAAUCCUUCUCCACCCCAAGAUACCUCGUAAGUGCGUUUCUGGAUUUAAGGUGGCUACAGUUUCAAAACCCAGGCUGACAAUUUGGCAACGGGCUACAUAUCUGCAGGAAUACAGAUUGUCAGCUAUUAUCAACUGCGAUUGAGGAACAGGGUUGGCAAAAGUCACCAGUGCUUUCUGUUUGGAAUGGAGGGAUCAACUAGAUGUGGAAGAGUAUUGCUAUUUGCUGAAGUAGCAUCUGUUUUGCUAUUUCUGUGUUUGGGGAAUGGCAUCUUUUUAAGGAGCCACAGUAGGGGAAAGGGUUUCGGGUGUGAUGUUAGUGGAUUUGGUGGUAUCGGGAAAUGUAGCAAUAGGAAAGGGUACAUUUUUCAGUAUGCUUGGUCUCCUUAGAGGCCGCUGUGUCAGAAUUACCCAGAAGGCUAGGUAAUUGAGCAGUGAGCAUGCAAGUAUAAAGCAGUUCAAUUUACUAGAAAAUGA